AUGUCCCAACCAAUGGAAAUGGAUCUCCCUUACCGGGAAGCUCCAGUCGAAUCCCCUUCGGUCGAGGACCUUCUAAAAGAUGUAUCCUCUGUACUAUUAAGCAAGGAUAUCUUUGCCAUCGGAGGCCAUGUUUCAGACUUUGGCAAGCUCGCUAUCCAGUGGGCCGACAAAACGAAUGGACAAUCUCACACUUUGAGAUUUCCCUUGGUCACCGGUGAUGCCUCCCAGAACACGUUCACUCAAUUGCUGGAUGCCCCCGCCACGAUGGAUGCUGACGACUUUUUUACCAACUUCAACCCUUAUGUACAUGGCAUCCUCGAAACGAUCAAUCAGACUUUGGCUUGGAGUAAAUAUUCGGCGGAAGUUGAUAUGGCAGUCAAGGCUGAGCUGUUCAAGCUGGAGGUACACUCUACUUCCUCAGAUAGGCCUGAGACCCAUGUUGACUCUCGAUCGGAUCGUCAAAUGGGCACACUCAUGAUUUGUCUCCCUAUCCCACACAAAGGAGGACAGCUUGCGAUUCGACAUGGGGAUCGACAAGUCAAUUUCGACUGGGCAUCACAACAUCCAGACACUGUCCAAUGGGCUGCUUUCAUGUCCCAUUGCGAACAUGAAGUUCUCCCGAUUACUGAGGGUCACAGGCUGAUGUUGACUUAUAACCUCAUCUGGACAGACUACGUCCCAGCUUUGAUGGCAACCGAACUUGAAGUUCUUGAUCAGGAAUCACUUGACUUCUACGCUGAUCUUGUGAAGCUUCUUAACAAGAUGAAAUCUACUGGAAAACAAUAUAUCAUCGGUUUCACAUGCACUCAUCGAUACCCUCACACAUCCAGGUCAUCCUACCAACAAACUCAAUUCAUGCUUAAAGGCAUGGACAUGGUGGUCUACCAAGCCCUCAGGCGGAACGUGGGCAAAGUCCGUGUUCGCGCGGUACUCGAUGAUUCGCAGUACAUCAAAGACCAGCGCGUGAUGGAGGACCAACGCGUGAAGGAGGACGGCGACUUUGACCCCAUGUACGACAGCGACCUUGAACGCAUGGAGGACGGCGAGCUUAAAGGCCUCCUGAAGGACAGUGAGCUUGAACUCGACGAGCUUCAACGCAUGGAGGAACUCCCCGAGAUUCCGAGUUCAUAUAGUCCCCCUGAGGAUUCCGACGAGGAGGCCUGUAUGGGUGAGAAGGUCGAGUGGCUUAACGACGCUCCCAACGAGGAUACCCCAAGAGAGUUUUCCGUUGCUAUUACCUCGGUAGACGGGAGGGACCCUCUCAGCGUACAGUAUGACUCUGCUCUUGUCAUCCUUGCCUGGGUGGGCUUCUAG